UCUAAUAACGCGUGCGACAUCUGUGUAUUCGUCAUGGAGAAGUUGAACUUUCUGAUUCAAAUGAACAACACCCGCACAGACAUCAACGCCACUCUUUAUCAUCUUUGCGAUCUCCUGAAGGGAGACUUGAGGAAAAGCCCUACAGCAUUGAAGACCAUUGAGAACGACUUUUGCCACAGACUUCCCCCGGACACAGAUAAAGCUUGCCUCCAAGCCCUGGAGCUGGAAUUUCCCAAGUGGUGGGACAAGUUCUUCUCUCUCCUGCCUCAACCAAAGGCUGCGUGCGCGUCUAUAGGACUGUGCCCAAAGGCAAAGUCCGUCAACAAGGAGGAGCUCUCUCUCCGAUGAACAAAUCAUAGCGACCGUAUCAAUUAGGAACCGUUCGAGUUCUUCGACUUUAUUCAAGUGAUAUUCUUUUUUUGCUUUCAUAUUGGCAGAUGUGUGAAAGUUGAGCGUGUGCUGAUAUUGGAGAGGGUAAAAGAGAGAAAGAGAAAGUGAAAAAGAAAGAGGGGGUGGGAUGAAAUAAAAGGGAAGGUGGACAUAUUAUGGACACGGACACAAAGAGGUAGAAAAAAAUCUUUUUUGUUAUGCUAGUGUUUUCAUGCCCCCAUUGACAAAAUUUUGAUCAGUUAGGAGGUGAUCUUCGACCUUGCCUGUGAGGACCAACCCGGCCGAGAGAUAUACGACAUCCCAGCAAAAAGACCAGGACAUUCAAUA